GCGGGCUCGCCGAGCGUUGGUCGUAUGUGUAUUAUGAAUUCGGUCAUUGUUUGCAACCAUUGUAUUUAGAAAAAUGAUACGAAAAAUUACUGUGUACAACCAUAGUUUCAAUACAUUCGCUAAAUUAUAGCCAAUCAAAAGUGUCACGGAUUAAAAAUCUUGUUUUACGUGCGGUAUCAAGCCGUUAGAUAGUAAAAUAAUGAAUUUCACACGCUGCCGCAGUCUUCUGUUUGAAUAGUCGUGAACCUUGUGGAAUCGAUUUUUAGAUGUUAUUAAUGAAAUUACUUAGGUGCUUGUGGGUGAUAUUGUUGUAAAAACGAACCUGUUCCAGUGGACUACCGUUACGUUGACUUUUCGACCGUAGUUGAUCGUGGCGGGCUCAAAAUCGAUAAAGAUAAUAAAAAAUGCAUAUUUUCCCCAUGGUUUCAUAAAGGUUCGGUUCAAUACAGUGCCGGCACGAAUAUCGCGGGCGAAUGCUGUCCAUUCAAAUAAUCCAUCUGUUACUGAUAACUGCAGUGCGUUAUUGUUUCUGAUGUCGAAGUGAUGUGAUAUAGAAUCUUAGAUUAUUUUACAAAGGAAAUCCGACGAGGAAAGAUACAAGAUCGGAACGCGAAUGAAUUCACGAAAAAUAAAUUCAAGAACUUCAAGAAAACUAUAUGAUUUAAUGUCAAUAUUAUGUGAUAAAGAGUGUCGACGUGUGUAGUGUCGACCAUUUUGUGUUAUGGCGGCCAUUUUGAAUAUGUUUCGGGUUAGAGUCGGCGGUAUGGUGUUACGUGUGGUGCUUCUGUUGUCGAUAGCCGUGUACUCCUCUUACGGUGGAGGUUGCACGUUUCCCGCCGAGUGGACGGGUAGCUGGUUCCAGUCCGGUAGUCAGGGAUUAAUAGCCAUCAACUCGACACACAUACAGUUGAAGGGAGAGUGUUCAGAAACUGAAUCGUACGACAAGUUCCUAUUAUACGACAGGAGCUUCGACUGCUACAGGUGUAUGGUCAUACAUGAGAAGCACAAGUAUGUGCUGCAAUAUAAAGAAACGUUCUGCAGUCAGAAAGAUUCGCUUUCGUCGAUUUGCGACGAGAUCAGCGGCGACGCGCCGUUGUACUCCAUGUUCAGGAAGGAGCCAAGACCUGAACCCCAGCCUUGUCCCUUCCAUCCUGCGCCCUUCACGUUCACGUACAGCAGGGGUUCGGGAGAUUGUGCGUAUCCACCAUCCCGGGCGGAAUCCUGCACGGAUGACUCGAGGCUGCUGCUGAGAUACAUGGCCUGUCCAGAUGUACCCGGCACGGAGAGCAAUGUGGAAGAGUUGGUGUGCCUGGCGACUUGGAAGGAAGGUUCAACGAGGUACCUCGUGGGCCAGAUCUCGCAAGUGCAGAGGAGGAACACCAUUGCUUCGGAUGAAGACACUUAUAGAUGUUUCAUCUACAAGGGUCAGCACGGCGAGAAGAGUACGUCGUAUAUAAUAGCUCAGUCCGGCGACGCGACCUGCAACGGCCUGUCGUCGCCCACGGACGGCAGUCGGACUAUGAAACUAACUACGAGUGACGACGAACACAACCGCUGUCAUUUCCCCAGCUGGAUCGUGGAUCAUCAUAAAUGGUUCAGCCUCGACCAUACCCAUCAGUACCACUUCACCACCAAGAAUGCGACCCUCAAGAUAAUGAACACGGACGGUUCUUUCGAAGAGAAGCGACUCGUGUGUCACUCUAUACUGGAACAGAAGGAUAAGAAGCACAUUAAACUGGUGGCGCACGUCACUAAAGGCUGCAUGUCAGGUCACGUCUGCCUCAAGUUCUUCCGGCGCGAAGGGAACAUCCUGGAACUGCAGCAGGGCUCCGAGCUGUGGGAGCAGCCGCAGGACGCGUGUGCGGAGUCCGGGAACCCGCCCUUCGUCACGCUCAUCACGACUUCCCUGUCCCCGCAGCCCUGCCCGCUCGCCGGGCGGUACUCCGUGCGGGUCGCGCGCACGCGGAGACGCCGAGACGUGUUUGGGUCCGUAGACGAGUCUCAGUCGGCGGUGGCGCCCUGCGCGGGGGCGGAGCCCGACAGCGCGCGCGUGGGCUGCGGCCGCGAUCGCGACACCAUCGAGCUGCGCUCCGCCUGCGCCUCCACCGCGUACACGUGCUACGGCAGCUGGCGCGAGGGCUCGCGCGGGUUCGUGGUGGCCGCCCCGCGGGCGCGCCCGCCCGCCACGCUGUGCCUCGUCUACACGCUGCGGAACGAGACGGGCGGCGCGGUGUCGCUGUGGCUGAGCGCGCGGCGCGCGUGCGAGCGCGGGGCGCCGCGCCGGGACGCGUACGACCUCAGCGGGAACGGCACGUGCGAGCAGAGCAGCAAAUACAACAGCGCCGGAGUGCGAGCGGGACAGUCCGCCCGUUGGCUCGCAGCGCUCGGCGCGCUGUACGUCGCCGCCAGGUGAUAUGAACGCUGGACGGACGACCGCUAGAUUCGCUGCACAGUUUCAAGUUCAUCGGGGUAUUAAGACUGCUUUACAAUUGAUACCGAUCGAUAAAUUAAUAUACGUUUUGGUUUUCCUUUAAGAAAUAUUUAAAAACUACAAUCGUCUUAGGGAUUCGUGAUUUUGAUUUUACUUUAAUAUUUCGUAUUGUAUUUUAAUAAAUCUGCGAUUUUAUAAGUAAAGGAUUUGAUAGUUGAAAUUAAUGGAAUCUACCUGAUAUGUUGAAUUGAUUCGAACUGCCUCCCAAGUAUCGUACAACCAAUUAUAUAACACGUACUCGACUUCAAUACAUUAUCAAAGAAUAGUUUACUUUUCCUUUAGUGAAUUCUUUGUCAAAUUGUGAUUAUAAUAUAUUUAUAUUAAAUAAACUCGAAGUAUAUAUACACACACACACAAACACAUAAUUCUAGUUAUAUUAAAUUACAAACAAUGAUAAAAGCACUAAAAUCGUUACUAAACUAACUAAUAUUAAAAAUGCGGAAGGCUGUUUGUUUGUUACGCUUUUAAGACAUAACUACUUAACUUAUCACUAUAAAAUUUAGCAUACAGGUCAGGGGAACUAGAGGAUAUAGUUCCCAACGCUUAAAUAGACCCCCCCCCCCCCACACACACAUACAUACACUCGGGUGGGAAUCUAGGAGAAUAUAAUUGGAUGCAAGUAUUUUGGAGGCGACGAUUUUAAUUGUUAAUUUAAUAGCAUUUCCAGAAAAGUUCUAAUGAUUUGUGAAAUGGAAUCUUAAUACUUUUGAGAGUCCGUACUGUUUUUUUUUUCGAGUAUUUUGUGUUUUCUCUUAGAUAAUGUAUGAUUAUUUAAUAUUUAUUGAUUAAUUAUUACUAUUAUUAAUUAAUUAUUCAAUCGGGUAACCGUUUUUUCUGAGUAAAAAAAAUAUAUUAAAUUAAUAUUUUCUAAAUUUUUACGUCUGGCAAUAUUUCGUUUUCAAUGUCGAAACUUAAGCCGGUUCUAACUGGUUUGUCAAUAGAUUUGGUUAUAACAAAUACGAAAGUGUCGUUUCAGACGAAUUCAUUAUAUUUGUUAACAGUUUCACUUGCAAAAACCCAGUGUGAUUUAGUUUUAAUUUUUUAAUGUUAUUUUUCUAAACAAGCAACGCCAUCUAUGUUUUUUUUUAAUUUUUCUACUCAUUUAAAACGGUUACAAUUGUAACGUGGGGUUGUAUUCUAUAUUUAAUUGUCAGGGGGAGUAAAGAUAAACAAACUAAGAUUCGCAUUCCGUGCGAUUUGUUAACAGCCCUGGAAUAUUACGACAAAAAGUUAUUGUUGAAUUACAACACUAUUCCGACAACAGCUUCACUGAGAUUGAGAACGCCAUUUUUUCAUGAAUCCACAAUGUUCAGAGGAUAAUUAUAAGGUAUUCAAACAUAGAUUAUAUAGAUCUUGAUCAGUGACGUCAUCUCAAUGUCAAGGUCAGCCGUUUGUUUAUCUUCGCUCCUACGAUAGGGAACCGGUGUACGAAAUUAUGGUUUUAAUACUCAAGAGAAUUAUGACUAUUUUUGAAUGAACAUGCCGACUGCGUGCCCAUAUCCACCUGUAUUGUAACUUUUAGGUUAGUCGGGAACUAAACAGAGUUAAAAGGAAACGAAGAAACGUGAUCAUAAUGUAAAUAUAAGAUGAUUUUAAGAAAUGAAAUAAAUAUGCAUUUUUAAUGUUUCGUAUGUAUUUUUUGAGAUUAGGCAUUAUGUCCCGGAGAAUUAGAAAAAAAAAUUGAAUGGACAAUUGUUACCAUUUUGUACUUUUUGGGACUUAAUAUUUAUAAUGUAUAUUAUUGAUAGAAAAAAAAAAAAACGCUUUUCCAGUAUACAUUUGUACGGUAUGCUAUACAGUUUAACGUUAAGUCUAAAUUAUUAAAUAGAUAGACUAAAAUGUAGGAGAAUUGUGCUCAGCGUUAUAAGUUUUAAACGUCCAGUUUAUUUUUACUUUGCACGCGUUGUUACCGAAGUGUGAACUGAACGAACAGGUGUUGAUUAAAUACAUUAUUCUGAGUGAAAUUCAAUAUAAUUAUUAAAUGGAUGAAUACUUUUCUAGUUCACACGUUUCUUGUCAUGUUUUCGUGUGAUUGUAAUUGAGUACAACUAAUACUGUUAGAACUUUUCUUUAGAUUUCUUUGACGUCGAAAUAUGAGAAAUAUAUCUAAAGUCAAUGGAGGGCUAAGGGCAGAGGGCUGUUUAAUUUUGUUGCAGUUGGCAACCCCAAACGAGUGAGGUCCUGAAACUGUCUUUGAAUGAGAUCAGUUUGUGCGGCAGAGCCGAUAAAUUUGGUUUUAUUUUGAUAGUAACUAAAAAAAUUAAAUAUUUAUUAGUAGUCCCAGUGUUGCCCAGUCAUAUAGUGUUAAAAAUGUACAUGUUACAAAAAUCGCCUAAAACAGUCUUUGGUAGCGAUGCGCAGGAAUAACUGUACUUCCUAGAAUAUUUACAGCCGUCAGUCGGACCAUCCGCGAUAAAACCUCAUUCAUUUGACAUUUGUAGAGACCUUACUCGACACUAGCGCCUCUCGCGGCGAAUUCACGCGAUAGCCCUCAUUGGUGAUAUUGUUUGACACUGACGUCGAAUACUUUUCGCGCCAUUAUUUUUUUCAUUAGCUUUUUAAAAGACGCUUCACGCGAACGCUAUACAUAAAAAAUCCUGACCAAUAGUAGGUAAAAUAUAAUUGCUCAUAAAAUAGUGUGAAAUUUUAUUUGUGAUAUAAAAAUUACUUAAGGAUAAAAAAAAAUAUGUAAAUAAUUACUAGACUCGAGUUCCUGACAUUUUUUCUUUUCCGACUUUUUUGUGAUAAUUUUUGAAUAUUCGAAAAUAGUUUGUAAGUGAAGAAUUGAAUAUGUCAAUGCUUGCCUACACAGACCUAUUAAAAAAAGAAUAUAAAACCUAGCCGAAAAAGAUAUUGUAAAUAAAUUUAGCCUAUAAUUUAUAUACCAAUAUUUUAUAAGUGUAACGCAUUUAAAAAAAAAUACAGGACGAAAGUAUUAAUUUAAAAAAAAAAAAUAA